CACUAUGUCAUCGGAUGCAAGCCAGUUAAUCGAUGACACCAAUACCCAUGUGCAGUACCGUGCCGGCUGGAUAUGGGACCAAGGCGUCGCCGAGGUCCAUGGAACCCGCCACGGAGCGCAGAAAGCAGGAUUACAAGCAUCGCUCUCAUUCGUUGGCACAGGGAUACGCGUCAUCGGCACGUUAGGGGCGUCCGACGUCUAUGGACAACCAACGACGACAUAUUCCAUCGACGGGACGGCCGCGGGAACUUUCCACGCACCCCUCACUCCUUCAGGCGAGACACAUUACAAUACCACAUUCUUUUCUACGGAGAACCUCUCUCCUGGGGACCAUACGAUCACCAUCGAAAACAUGGAUGGAACGAGCCCCAACACGUUCUGGCUUGACUAUUUCCUCAUCGACUCGGGCCCGCCAGCCGUGACCGUGAACCCCGAUACAUCGACGAUUUCCACAUCACCCACCUCGACGAUCUCCGUUCAGCAGACCAGUACUGUGACCACCAGUCCCGGGACGUCGACAACGCCCGCCCCAUUGGCCGCCGUCCAGACCACCACGACUGUGACCGCCGUUCCUCCGCCGUCAACAACGUCGACGUCUGACUCGCGCGUUUCGUCGAUUUUGACCCAGUACACUACAUCAGUCUCCGCACAGCACGUCACGUCGACCAACGGGAGUACUGGAGUCAUUAUAUUGACUGCCAGCGCGAGCAUCAGUACGGCCACGGUGGAAGCAGUGCACACAUCUACGGCAGAAAUCAGCAACACGUCCGACCUAUCCGGCUCCGGUUCUCCUCGCGCCUCGCGCGUCAACACAGGCGUCAUUGCGGGAGCCGCCGUUGCCGGUGGCGUCGUGCUAGCAGCCAUCCUCGCCGUUCUGUUCAUCUGCCUCAGGCGGCGGCGGCGCCCAGAAGUGUUUCAAGCAGGAAUCGUCGCUCCUUUCACGUCUUCUCGGGACUCAUUCGUGUCCCUUGCCCCCUCUGCCGUGCCCUCUUCCAAUACUCGCCCGGCGUCGAUGCGAUAUUCUACGACUCCAAGCACAGUGCUCUCCACUCGGGCGCCCGCGCCUGCAAGCCGCUCUAGCCGUAGGUCUGGCGCUACGCCGCCGUACGAAGCAACACCGGAGCCCUGCGUCGAUAGUCAAUCGGAGUCUUCUACCUCGCUCGCCUCGGCUACCAGUGCGUCCCCCUUACUGGUCCCUCGGAGACGCGGUGCGCCUCCGCCCACCCCAUCCAAGGCACCUCCCAUUCCUCCUACAGCGCUCCUCCCUGGGACGUGGCACGCCCCGUCGGAGUCUCAUGGCCGCGCGUAUUCUGUGCUACGCUCGCUCUUCUCCCAGGGACAGCGGGCCAAUAUUCCAAGGGCCGCCGACUCGGGAUUAAGGCUCUACGAUGACGUUGUGCUGCCGCC